AUGCCGCAGGCAAGUCCAGAUGCUGACUUAGGCAUGAAGUUGAAGAUAUAUCCUUGUGGAGAGAUAAUAUCGAAUUCUCUGUCUAAAAAGACCGUCAGAUGUCAAUGGUUGCUCUACAUCGACUGCGAGCGAGUUGUGUUCCCCCCAAACUUCGAAAUCUACUACGAGUCGGCGGGCCAAUUAAUGGCAGACGUAAAACGGGUGGACUUUCGCACCGUUGAGUCAGACCCGAGGCCGGAGCCAGAAUUUCGUGUCACUAUCGGGAUCUGGACCUUCGAAACGUACCCGCAGGAGCCGCACGUGUUGAAGCCGCAGACUUCGAAGCUACCGAUGUUGCAGACGUUGAAACUGCAGAUGUCGAAGCUGGCUAUGCUGAGACGGCAGACAUUGAAACCGCAGUUGAAACAGACGUCAGAGACUACGAUUGCCGUGGAAGUGCCAGUCGGGCUGCUCGAUCGCCGACUCGGAGGAGCCCUCGAGUUCCAUGUGCACGCCGAGGUGGUCUGUCAGAUAUGCAGUCCGGAUGAAAACCAGAAGAUUAACGACGCAGACCUGGAGUUCACCGCAGUUACCCUCCAAUGCGACGAAAAAGUGUUCGUGUUCCGUCCUACGUAA